AAAGGCCAUGUUCAGCUCUAGUGCAAAGAUUGUGAAGCCUAAUGGCGAGAAGCCAGAUGAGUUCGAGUCUGGUAUAUCCCAGGCUCUGCUGGAGUUGGAAAUGAACUCUGACUUAAAGGCUCAGCUGCGGGAGUUGAACAUCACAGCAGCUAAGGAAAUUGAAGUGGGUGGUGGCAGAAAAGCCAUCAUUAUCUUCGUACCAGUUCCUCAGCUGAAAUCCUUCCAGAAGAUUCAGGUGCGGCUAGUUCGUGAGCUGGAGAAGAAAUUCAGUGGAAAGCAUGUGGUGUUCAUUGCUCAGAGAAGGAUUCUGCCCAAGCCAACAAGAAAAAGCCGCACAAAAAACAAGCAAAAGCGUCCCAGGAGCCGUACACUUACUGCAGUGCACGAUGCCAUUCUUGAAGACCUGGUCUUCCCAAGUGAAAUCGUGGGCAAGAGAAUCCGCGUAAAACUGGACGGCAGCAGGCUCAUAAAAGUCCAUUUGGAUAAAGCACAACAGAACAAUGUUGAACACAAGGUGGAAACAUUUUCUGGUGUCUACAAGAAGCUCACAGGCAAAGAUGUGGUGUUUGAAUUUCCAGAAUUCCAGCUGUAAAGUGCAAAAAAUGGCUGAAUAAACAACUGUUCAUAUAACA